UCUGAUGGGGGUUUGACUGAGAAAGAGACUUGUUUUCACUCUCUAGGGAUCCCGACCCCAAACCCUUCCCCCCUCAUGGCGACGGCGCAUUCGAUCCGAUCCAUUCCCACACUUUCCCAGCCCCCGCCACCGGCGUCCGCAGCUCCGACCCCGCCCCCUUUCAGUACUCCAAAUCGCUUGCUCGAACCCUCCUCCAUGGGGCACCGCGAUAGGGAGAUCGGCUCCAAGCGAGCGAAGCUCCCGGCCGCCGACGGCGCAAGCGAGGACCGCCUCAGUGCGCUACCCGACGACGUUCUUAUCGGCAUCCUCCUCAAGCUCUGCCGCACCGCCUACGCCGCUCGGACCAGCGUCCUGUCCCGCCGCUGGCGCCACCUCUGGGCCCUCCUCCCGGAUCUCGACUUCACCGGCGACGCCGACCACCACCGCAUACUGCCCGCUCUCGCCGCCCAUCAAGCGCCGGUGCUCCAGGGCCUAGGCGCCUUCGUCGACGACAUCUCUGCCGACUCCGUGGCGGCCUGGCUCCCCAUAGCCGCGCGCCGCCUCUCCGGCUGUAUACUGCUUUACAACGCUGUACCGCAGAACCAGGCCAGGGAAAGAUGCGUCUUUGAGCUGCCACGCUUCGAGAGCACCACCUCUAUCGUGUUCGACCUAGGAUUUCCUGGCCUUGCCGUGCCGCAUUCCAGCGUAUUCACCCGCCUCGUCUCUCUCUGGCUGUUUCGUGUCCAUCUGCAUGGCCCGUGCGGGCUUGGUGAAGCUCUCUCCUCACGCGGUGCCCAUCCUUACGAGAACUCAAGAUACGUGAUGCCUGGGGUCUGGAAUUAUGUCACUGUGGUGAGUCAACCCGUUGCAAACAUCUCAGCCCCUCAACUGGAAUCACUCCACUGGACGGAUGCUUAUGAUCCAAGCUCUGUCCAGCUUGGCGAGAUGGCACAUCUCCAACGUCUGGAUACUGGUCACUUUUUUGUGUUUGGACAUUAUUUGGAUGACUACACACCCAAUCGCUAUUGCUUGAGACUCUUGCAGCAAUUUGAGGUCAUGCACCAUUUAAAGCUCUCGCUCAUCUAUCUGCUGAACAAAGGUCACCAUCAAUACCUGAUGGAGGACAUGACAAGGCUCCCUAACAUUACACUCUUGACCCUGGAUGUAAUGACAAAAGGACAUUCAUUUGGAGCAAGCUUAUUCCAUAUUCUCAGGAUGUGUACUGGUGUAAGAAAGUUGGCUCUUGUCUUUCUCGGAAAACCUAGCAAUCUGGAGGCACAAGUUACAUGCCCAUCAGGUUGCAUUUGUGAUCAACCCCUAAACUGGAAAAGCGAGGAACUCAUAUUAAAUUGCCUCCAAGAAAUAGAAAUCAAUGGGUUUGGAGGAACUGAACAUGAAGUUGCUCUUGUGAAAUUGUUAUUCAAUUGGGCAGCAGUGCUAAAAAAGAUGACAAUAGCUUUCCAUUACUCAAUUCCUAAAAGGAAGGCUGAGGAGUUGGGCCGCAUGUUACUAGGCUUCUCCAGCCCAGAAAUAUUGAUGGACUUUUUGCAUAUCAAGUAUUCUCGAGAAGGCGCACGCUCCACAAGGCUCCAACUUUACUACCGUUCUUUUCAGUUUUUAGAAGCUUCAGGUGUGGAAAAUCCUAAUGCUGGCAUGUAGAAGAGUGGUGGUGAAUUUGUAAAGUUAGAUUAAUGCAUUUAUGAUUGGCUUGCACACAAUGCAGGAUGCCUUGUGGGUUGUGUGUUUCUCUGUUAGAUGAGAUGCACAAGGAGGGAGUGUGUAGCUUAGUUUCUGCUGUGAACUGCUAGCAAAGACUUCACCAUCGAAUUAUUUUGGUAAUGAAAUAUUGGUGGAUCCUUUGUUUGUUUUUCCUUUUUCUGAACUUUGUGUGAAACUACGAACACAUGAUUUAUUAACAUUGUUCCUGAAUUCGAGCAACAUACAUU